UUAACCCCCUCCAUCGCCCUCAGUCCCGGGAACCCUACCGCCCACCCCACCCGGGACCCUCAGUAUCCCGCGGAAGGACGCGUGUUGGGGGAGGUUGGCCUGGCUAUUUAAAGUUAGCCAGCGCUGAGGGAGCAUGAGCCAUCUGCAGAACUUACUCUUAGAUUCCCUCCUGGGCACGAAGCAUGUGGACAGCGCGGCCCUCAUCCAGCUCCAGGAGCGGAGCCUGUGUGUCGCAUCACCAGGGUUUAGUGUGAUGCCCAGUGAUGUGCGAACACUUGUGAAUGGGUUCGCCAAGAACCCCCUGCAAGCCAGAAGGGAAGGACUGUAUUUCAUGGAAAAGGACUACAGAUGUGUCCGGGCAGAUGAGUAUUCUCUUUAUGCUAAGAAUGAAAACACUGGUGUGAUUGUCGUGAAGACCAAUCUGUAUCUUCUGGUGGCGACUUACACCGAGGGCAUGUAUCCCAGUGUCUGUGUGGAAGCCACAGAGAAGCUGGGAGAGUAUCUAAGAAGAAAAGGAAAUUAAGUUAUCAGAAGACGGUGAAAGAGAGCUUUUCUUAUUUUCGAAGAAAACUAUAGACCCUAAAGAAAAAUGCCUUCUUUUGUUGUUGAAAAAUAUUAGGCAGAAGAUACUAAAAAGGAAGAAUGAUUAAUGGAGCAAUGUUUCUUAUUUCAAAACUUUUAAAAUUGGAAUUAUUUGA